CCAGACUCAACUCGAAUUGAUCGAGGCUGAGGAACAGCGCCAACUGGCAGCCGAGGAUGCCCGCCUACAGGCUGAAGCAGCGGCUACAGGCCGAAGCAGACGCAGAUACCCAGGCUCUACUGCAGCGGCAUGAAGCCGCCAGCAUCGAAAGACUCAAGUUCUGGCACUUUCAACCGUCCAAUGGCGACGACGCGACACCGGAGGAGCAGCACAAGGAGUUCCUCUCCAAACUCGUGACACGGUUAUUAUACGCUUGCAACUAUCAACAGUCUGAGUUAGAGAGACAGAACCAGGAACUGCAGCAACAGUACCAGGAUCUGAAGAAACAGCACCAGGAGUUGGCAAACCUCCGCCGGACAGUGCAGAGCCACGAGGAUGCUACACGGGCACUCAAUUCCCGUGUACUGGACCUGGAACAAGUUGUACUAGGACCAGAUGCUGGUGUGUCCAGCAGUCCACCCUCUAACUGCCAAUUGGAGGAACCCGUCGACCACGUCGUCGCAAUGCUCGGCGACAUCAGCACCUUCGCUGAGCCGACCACCAUCAACAAUCAGCUGGAUACCUUGAAGACUGAGGUCCAGCAACUGCAGUUGCCUAACAAGAAUGGCAACAGCACACAGCAUUACAAGAUGUCAACUUUUCAAAUUGAGAAGUUCGAUGACCACACGCAUCAGGACCCGGUCCUCGGGUCAUGUGCUGCAUUGAGCCUCACACUUGGUGAUCGCGAGCAAUAUGCAACCUUCGCUGAAAUCAUUGACAAGGCGAGGGAGAUCAUCAAGACCAACAGGGCGGCUGCACACGAGAAGUCAACGUGGCAGCCAACCUAUGUGGAGAAGGUGAGAACUGGUCCGCGACAACAGCAGUUCGUUGCAGUCCAAUCAGACAACACUGUGGAAGACCCGACAACCACCCAAGCGUCACGUGAGGGAGAUCAGGUGGCUGCUGUCCAGCCGCGAAGCAACAUCAAGUCCCGAGGAAACGGGAAGGCGAAAUCAGCAUCGCAGGCCGGAAACGGACAACCAACACCACCAUGGGUCAAGUUCAACUUGACUGAGCCGAGUACAAGUACCGCGGCCGUUACGGCUGCUAUUACUGGUGCAAUAGCACCAAGCACAAGACCUCCCUUUGACAGGAUCACGCCAAGGAGGAUGUGCGGCCUCGUCUUAACUCGGAAAACUACGUUUCGCGGGAGAUUACAAUCGCCGAAGGUGCCAUUCGUAUUCGAUGACGAUGCACGCCGGUCAUUCCAAAUACUCAAGACGGCCAUGCUCAUGGCACCCGUCCUUAGCAUCUAUGACCCCACCCUGCCGACGAGAGUGACUACGGACGCUUUCGGCUAUGGCAUUGAGGCAGUCUUGGAACAACACGACGACGACGACUGGCACCCUGUGGAGUAUUUCAGCCACAAAGUGCCUCCCAUCAACUCACUUGAUGAUGCAAGGAAGAAGGAGCUGCUCGCAUUCGUCAUGACUCUCAAGCGAUGGCGGCACUUCCUCCUUGGUCGUCGUGGGUUCACAUGGGUUACAGACAACAAUCCAUUGACCUACUACAAGACGCAGGAUACGGUGAGCAGCAUGAUCGGACGAUGGAUGUACUUCAUCGACCAAUUUGACUUCACACCGAAACAUUUUUCCGGCCUCUCCAAUCGCGCAGCAGAUGCACUCUCACGAAGACCUGAUCUUUGCGCUAUGACACAUCAUGCCUUCGCAUUCGACGAGGAACUCCAGCGACACUUCAUCAGGGGCUAUGAGUCCGAUCCAGAUUUCGCCACGCUAUAUGCGCAGCUAUCUUCGGAUCACCUGCCGACCAGCCACUAUUGCAUCGUCGAUGGGUACUUGCUCGUGCACUCGCAGGGCAAGGACUUACUAUGUAUCCCACACGACCGCCAUCUUCGGACUCGCCUCCUCGGCGAGUAUCAUGAUUCGCGACUCGCCGACCAUUUCGGAGUCAACCGCACUAUUGCACGGCUUCGACAGCGAUUCCGAUGGCCCGACCUCAUCACCGACGUCACGAGGUAUUGCGACUCUUGCGAAGUUUGCCGACGAAGCAAACCCCGCAACCGCAGCCCCUACGGCGAGCUGUGCCCGAUGUCGAUCCCGCAGGAACCCGGUCUCUCCAUUGCCAUGAAUGUCACCGGACCAUUCCCCCGCGACCUCCUCGGACACGACGGCAUCCUCACGGUCGUGGACCGAUUGAGACGUCGCGACAACGUUGACGAUGGGAGGAACGACAUUCAAGAACUGGCACGGGUCAUCCGACAGUCGCAGUGGGAGCCCUACCCUAAGAUUGAUGUUCCGUUGUUCGACAGAAAUCAUGCCUCUUCUUUGGCAGACAAGUUCGAGCAAUUGGGAUAUAGCAACGAAUGGACAGAUGAGAAGAUGCUUCGCAUGGUUAAAAGGUACUGCCAGGUGGGGUACCGAGACGAGAUCGAUGAGCUGGUGUGGAUCUCUCGUGAUUGGUCAGAUUUUAAGGCGCGGUUGUUAGAGAAGUACCAGCUCAGAGAUUGGUUGCUCGACCUACAGGAUUUGAGGGCGGUGGAUCGUAAAAAGGUUGGUACUACCAAACAAUUUUUAUUGGAAUUCGAGCGUGUGGCUCGCCUAAUCCCGGAUCUGUCCGACAAAGAUCGCUGCCUCAUCUUCCUUGACAACUUCAACGACGUCGAACAGUCGAAGUUGGUUGAAGGGAUGCAAGGGAGGUAUAACUGGACUAAGGUCCGGCAAAAUGCGCUGGUGGGGAAGUUCGACGAUAUCCUCUACCGGCUGUUGAGGCAGAAAAAAGAGGAACGGGAAAAGGUGAAGUUGGGAGAGGUGAAGGACGGUGGGAUUUACAAAACUUUGACCUGCAUGAGAGAAAUGAUGGAAGGCAUGAAGGAGGAAAGACUGAAGUUUCAAGUCAUGAUGGCCAACGAGAAAAAAAGUAAGAGGAAGGGAAAAGAGUCAAUAGAAGAAGAAAGCAACAGUGAGAGCGAGGAGGAAAAGGAGCCGCCUCUCAUUCCGCCCGAGGCUAACUGGUCGCCGCCUGGGACGAAGAUGGAUUGGCGAAGUGUGUCAACCGACCAUAUGAAGGUCCAAAUUGGACAGCAGGAGUAUUCGACACUUGUGGAUGAUGAAGUCGAGAUCAAUAUCAUUCAUGAGCGCCAUGCCAUCGAAGCUGGGUUGAAGAUCAACCGAGAUGACUAUGAGUUUUUGGCGGGCGCUAGCGGAUUGAUCCCAUUCUGCGGGACAGCCAAUUGCGUUCUCGUCACGGUCGGAAAGGUCAAAGUCCGCUCUUAUUUCUACGUGUUACCUAGAGUGGAACACGAGGUGCUUCUGGGAAGGGCAUUCCUAUGUCGAUCGGAGAGCAUCAUCAUUAACAAGCAUGAUGGGAACAUGUUUGUGAUCCUUUGCGAUCCUGUCUGUGGUUAUUACGAAGUAGUCAAGUGUGCGAACGCUGGACCCUAUUGCUCGCGGAACCGGCUGAACCCGGAAUCGUAUACCUUCCCGGAGUCAGAGAAGUUGAGACGGGAGAAGGAAUCACUAGGAGAGGAGUCGAAUCCUCAUGAGUUCUCGCUGACUCUACCUGAUAUUGGGCAGACAAUCGAUUUUGUGUCGACGCACACAACAAUUCAUCCAAAUGUGGUACAAACCUUGACAGAGAUCAUCACGGACACAGGAAAGGCAGGAACUAUGCGCCUUGUUUACUCCCCGUCGGAGGGGAAUAAGGGAGAAGGUCAGGAAUUGCCCUCCACUCGACAGGGUCCUUUUUUAGAGGACGCAGGCUUGACACCGACGCCAAACGACCUUCAGAAGCUGAAUUCGGUGAUAGUGGGAGAUGCAGGUGGACUCCCACAUGCGGACCUACUGUCGGAGUCUUGUGCAGGGAGGUCUAUCAUCACCCUGAUCGAUUUAUAUUCCCGACGCUUCAUCCUGCGGGUGGAUCCGACUGCAUUGGCUCAGUCCUUAAGGAAUUAUUCACCUGCUGAUCCCACCAUUGCACGAUGGUUGAAUUAUAUUUGGAUAUUUGACUUUGAAAUCGAACGGAUUUCGGGGAGUCAGAAUCGCGCUGAUGGGCUAAGCCGGGUUGAAUGGGAUCCAGAGUCGGAUCAGGCAGAAAAAUCAGUUCCGGUCGAUGCCUUUUUGAAAGAAGAGGAGUCACAAUUGAGUAUUAACUAUCUUGCCUACCUGACAGAUGCGGUCACUCGGCAUGGGAAAUCGAUAUGGAAUGCUCUUACCUUUCACGAGGUACGUCCAGAACUCGUGGUGGAGGAACCUUUCAUCGAAGAGGAUCCAUGGGGCCAGCAGACCGUAGAGGAAAUGAUGAGGCUGACUUUGACUGAUGACAUCGACCUAAUGCUUGAUCCGCUGACGAUUGAACAAGGCUAUAGACAGUCUGAUGACGCUUUUCAGACCAUUGGAAGGGUGUCAUUCAUCAUGAACUUGUUACUUCAUGAAGAUCGCCCGCGGUUAAUGACCACGGAAGAAGGAGGCAGUGAGAUUAAGGAGGCGUUUAAGGAGAAGGAGUACGAAGGGGAGUACAAAAAGAUAGACAUGUGGUUGAAUGGGGAAUUGGACGAGAGUGAGGUUGAUCCGAUUAUGAUGAAGAAGAGCAAAGGGUUCAUUGUUCGUGAUGGUCACCUUUUCAAGAAAGCUGCUGAUGGUGUCCCUAAGAGAGUGGUAUGCGGAACCUCCAGACAGUUGGAUGUGAUUGCUGCUCUGCAUGAUGGAGUGGCCGGCGGGCACAGAUCUGCGCGAGUAACUCUGAACAAAAUCCAACGUCUUUAUUUAUGGAAAGUGAUGAGCAAGAUGGUGAUUGACUUCUGUAAAUCUUGUUUACCUUGCCAACAAGGGUCUAAUAUCCGCUACCUUGAGCCCCUAAAUCCACGUUAUGUGGCAGAACCGGGCGUGAUGGUGCAUUUGGAUCUCCUGGUAAUGCCACCUGGGAUAAAUGGGUACAGUUGGUUCUGACUUUUGUCUUAGGCUAGCCAAGGAAAUUGUAAACUGCUAAUAAAAGUAGUGAGAUUGA